CUUACAAAAGGAUGCAAGGAUGUAAAAGCAUGCAGUGAUGUGGUCAAUGAUUAUAUGCAAUUAGAAACAAGCUUAAUUUUUAAAUAAAUAAUAGAAAUGAUGACAUUUGCAGACUUAAACUUAAGCUCAUGGCUUAUUAAUCAGUGUAAUUUUAUGGGUUUAAAAAAUCCAACGCCAAUUCAGCAGAAUUGUAUUCCAAGAAUUGUAGCAGGUGAUGAUUGCAUUGGUUGCGCAAAAACUGGCAGUGGUAAAACGCUUGCCUUUGCACUUCCUAUAUUACAAAAAUUAUCUGAAGAUCCCUAUGGCAUUUAUGCACUCAUUUUAACACCAACCAGAGAACUUGCUUUCCAAAUUGCUGACCAAUUUUCAGCAAUAGGGAAAUCUAUUGGUUUAAAAAAAUGUGUAAUUGUCGGUGGUAUGGAUAUGGUCAUACAAGGUUUAGAGUUAUCAAAACAUCCACACAUAGUUGUUGCAACUCCAGGAAGAUUAGCUGAUCAUUUAACAAGUUGUGAUACAUUUACUCUAAAGAAAAUAAAAUUCUUAGUUUUAGAUGAAGCUGAUAGAUUAUUAGAAGGACAUUUUGAUGAGCAACUGAAAGUUAUAUUUGAUGCAUUACCUAAACAAAAGCAAAUGCUUCUUUUUAGUGCAACAAUGACUGAUACCCUUGACAAAGUAAAAGAUAUAGUAUCUAAUAAGGCUUUCAUUUGGGAAUCUGAAGAUAUAUCUGGUGUGGCUACAGUAAAGGAACUUGAUCAACGUUAUGUGCUCUGUCCAAGUGAUGUCCGUGAUUCUUUUCUGGUAGAAGCAAUAAAAACAUUUAGAGUAACAAACAAAGAUGGAUCUAUAAUGAUUUUUACAAACACCUGCAAGAACUGUCAAGUACUGUCUAUGAUGUUAAAUGAUGUUGGAUUUAAAAAUGUGGCUCUGCAUGCAAUGAUAAAACAAAAAGAUCGUCUUGCAGCACUUACUCAGUUUAAGUCAAACCAUAUAAAAAUUUUAAUAGCUACAGAUGUUGCGGCAAGAGGUUUAGAUAUCCCCACAGUUGAAUUAGUUGUAAAUCAUAUUAUACCAAAUGUACCGAAAGAGUACAUUCACAGAGUUGGAAGAACAGCUAGAGCAGGUAAAAGAGGUAUGGCAGUUACCCUAAUAACACCAUCUGAUAUUAAAUUGCUACAUGCUGUCGAGGAUGCUAUUGGAACAAAAUUGACAGAAUAUAAAGUCAAUGAUAAGGAGAUAAUUACAAUCCUGACACAAAUAUCUGUUGCUAAACGAGAGGCGGAAAUGAAAUUAGACGAAACAGACUUUUAUGAAAAGAGAAUGAUUAAUAAACGUAAGAAGCUUAUUCUUGAAGGCAAGGAUCCUGAUGAAAUUGAAGAGAUUUUAGAAAAGAAAAAACGUUACAAAUCGAAAAAGAAAGACAUUGAUAAAAACGAAUAAGUAAAAUAUAAUUAGAUCU